CUCUGAACUUAAUUAAAUGCCCUCGGUUCCCUCUUCUCUUUCUUCCAUUGCUCUUCAGUUUUGUUUCGACUUCAAUAUGCCUCGAAAAAUGGCAGUCACGCAUGCUGAUCUUGAACCAGGCCAUAGCAGAAUCGAUUUGAGAAGCAAAACUGGUGCGUGCCUUGUGAUUUUGACCAUUCUUUUGGGCUUCGUCUGCUUCACUCUCUGUCUCGUUGCAGAAGCCACGCGUUCAGAGGCAAUGUACAAAGGAGACGAAAAGGGAGGGAAGAACUCCGUGUGUGUAUACAAUGAUAGUGGAAAAGUGCCACUGCUAUGUGCUGCUUGUGCUUUUGUUGGUCUUGCAAUUGCCAUGGUUGUGGAGCAUGCUUACUUGAUGAUUUCUGUUAGUAAAUCACCAGCUUUACUUUCGUGGGAGCCUGAUUCUUCUUCUGCAAGGUUUCUAACAUGGCAAACUGGGUUCCUCUUCAUUUCAACCUGGAUAUGUUUUGCAGUAGGGGAGAUUCUAUUACUAGCAGGAGUGAGUGUGGAAUCAGGACAUCUCAGAAACUGGAACAAUCCCAGAACAACAUGCCUUGUGAUCAAACAGGGCUUAUUUGCAGCAGCCGGAGUUUUUGCCUUGACCACUGUGUUACUUGAAUCUGCUUUAUACUUAACUGCUGUUCGUGCCCAGAAAGUAUCUCUGGAGCAAGAGAACGUUAGACGACAAGUUCUGGAAACAUCUGCACUAUAUUCUUCUCCUGUAACAUCUCCCAGAACCCUAAUCAUGCCCAUUUCUACUAUGCCUAGGGAAAACCCCAUACCCACAAUAGAGAAUCAAGCUAGUGAUCAUCUUUUGUCUGUGUUUCCCACCCCUUUUAACAAAACCUCCAGAAUACUGUAAGUACGUGGAGCUUUAUCUUUGUGCUGUGUAUAUUAGUCAACGUGUUUAUAUAUAUACUUGUCAGUGCCGCUGACGCUGGAUCGCUUAAUUUCUUGAGAGAUCUUUCCAGGGAAGUAAUGGAAUGCGGAGGGAGAAUCUUUUA